AUGAUUCCGGAACGGCUCACCUUUGCGUCCGAUGGCAUCGUCAUGCCAUAUGUUGUUUCGCCCCCGGUGGCCGGGGCCCCUGGCGACAGGUCGUCUCAUGUCAUCUGCAUCCCCGUGCUCCGCAGAGAGGGAGGGCUUAUCCUAGCUCUUCCCGCAGAUACUGUGCCACCGGUCUUGCGAGAUGCAGGCCAGUUGCCGGACGCUUCAGGCCUGUUAGGCCCCUCAGCCGUGUUGGACGUCGAGGCGGUGGAGGAGAACGAAGACGGGGCCGAAGUUUUGCUAGGUUUCCAGCUUCCGGUGCUAGUGGCAGACUUUCAGGACGAAGCUGUGCGAUACAUGGCCCCGUUCGACCCUUCGGCCCAUCAGGAUGCCACGCCUUUCUCUUUGGACCACCCUCAAGCUUUCCCAGAAUGUUCCGCCUUAGUGGCCUUGACACUGUCCUGGGUGCGAACUCAGAUCGGAGAAAGGACCGCCUUCUACUCAGCAGCCGAGGGCGAGGAGGAGGCGGCGGCCGCAGACGCCGAGCUAUUACCUGCACUGGCCAAGGCGUCACCAAGCCCAAAGAAUCCUGCUGCAAAGCCCAAAAGGAUCACCACAGCCCAGCUGGCCGAGAAGGUAGGGUCGUUGCCGGCGCUGACCGCCCAACUGCAGUCAGUCGCCGACAGACAGCUGAGUCUCGAGGAGAAGGUUGCCAGCGGAGCUCAGGCCGCUGCUUCGGCCCCGCCUCCGCCUGCCCACCGCUUGCCUUCCAGGUUCCCCUACCGAAGCCAGGUGCCAUGCCAGGACCAUCAACCUGAUCCAACCGCGCCCUUGAAUUCGCGCGACUGCGAUGGUCCGUCUUUUGCCGCCAAUGACACUGUCCCCACUCACGGCCGUCUUCCUGGGCACCCUCGCCCUGGCCGCAAUACCGUGUGUUUCAACUCGUGGGGUCUUUCUUUGGCUUUUCGCGUCCUCAGGACUGGCUCCCCCUUUGCUGUGAGCCUCGCUCCUCUUUUGCAUCUGCUACCGGCGAGUCGUGUCUCGCCCCCCAAAGCUUUGUUCCCGCUGCCGUUGCCAUACUUUGGUCUGUUUAGGCAGCCUGGCCCGCACCUUGGUUCGCGCGCCCGACACCGGCUCGCUGUUCGACGUGCCACUUUUGUCUUGGUCGCCGCCCUGAACCACCUGCAUUCCAGCGGGGCCCCAGUGCCCAAGGAUGCUGUGCGGAGGCUUCCCAACGUGAAUCAGGCAAAGGCCCUGGUGUACCUUGAGAAGCUUGUCAAAGCUUUCGGUGCCACGGAGGAUGUCCAUCUCCCCUCCGCGUCGCGCCGGUCUUCUGAAUUACUUGCACGUUUGGGAGAACUAUCCGAGCGGCUGACCACCCUCGGUUUUUCUGUCGACCGAUAUGGAGCUGCCUUUCCUGGCCUCAACGACCCAGCCGAUGUCCGUGGGGCCCUGUCGCCUUAUCGUGGCCUCGAUUCCAGCAGGCUUGUCCUUUCAGGAACGGCAAACUGGGACCCUUCCCCACACCUGGACUCUAGCCUGUAUCUCGCUUUUCGAGAACCCCAGAGUCUCCUGCUGCCGUCUAUCCCGCCUGUCGCCGGGGAGGUACCUAAGCUUCAUCUCGAAAACCCUUCAGAGGUGCUCAGCGUUGCGCGGUUGUGGGAUGUUAACAACCUGCUUGUCCUUUCUCCUCAAGGCCCCCCUCCCGAGAGGCCAUUCGAGGGAGUCAGGAUUUUUAACUCUCUCAAGUCCGCUUCGACGGACCGGCAAAUAGGUGACAGGCGGGGUCGCAACAUGUGCGAGGGAACUAUCCCAGGUCCUUCGCGCUUCCUUCCGAGCGGGGUCAUGUUUUCCUGUCUGCACAUAGACCCUUUCAAGGAGCGCUUGUCACUAAAUGCUGCUGACCGUAAGGACUUCUACCACCAGCUCCGAGUGCCCCUGCGUCGCGCGCUUACUAAUGUGCUCGUUCCUCCGCUUGAGGCCUCCCUUCUCAAAGAUACCAAGGCUUUCCACGACCUCACUGUCAGAUCGCAAGGCAAGAAGUUGUGGCCAAACGGUGUCUUCGCGUGCUUUGGCGCUGUCCUACAGGGGGAUGCGCUAGGCGUAGAAUACGCAACCUCAUCUCACCAAAACCUCCUCGCUGCCCACGGACUGCUCAGUGAGGAUUCUCAGAUCUGCAAUGGCGUUCCCUUCCCCGUUGGCGGUCCCCAGUCCCUCGUCGAGGGUUUGGUUAUCGACGACUAUUUUGCCAUAAGCAAGGUUGCUGUGCCUGAGGAUGGGUCUCCGCCUGCCGCUGUCCGCGCCUUUGAGCUUGCCAAAGCCAUAUACCAGAAAGAGGGCCUUUUGGGAUCCGACCCCAAGGAUAUCCGUGACGCUUCCCAGGCUGUUCUUGUUGGGGCCGAGUUAGAUGCCUCCAAGGCGACCCGGGCCCUUGGGCUUGCCCUUUCAGGUGCUCCUAAGUCCAAAAGGCUCGCAAUGUCAUGCGUCACUCUCGAACUCGCUCGCCUUCCUGCAACCGCCGAUCACUUGCACAUGUGUGUUCUCGGUGGGUGGGUUUCGAUUCUGUUGUAUCGCAGGCCCCUCAUGUCCCUGCUCAGCCGUUCCUUUCAGCUUGUCGAUUCGUCUUCGGUUGUUCCAGGUCACUCCCGGGUCAUCCCUCAACCCAGGGCCAUCGCUUCUGAGCUUGCAAUGCUGUCGGUGCUUGCUCCGCUUGCUGUCGCUGACCUGUCCGCGCCAUGGUCCGAAGCUCUCUUUGCUACUGACUCCUCCGACCUCAAGGGGGCCAUUGUCAGUGCGCAGGUGCCUGCCACCUUGACCCAAAGGCUUUGGACCUCCGCCUUAAAGGUCUCGGAGAAUGCCAGGCUUCUUUCUCGUGAAAGGGCUGCCCUCAUGCGAUUUGACCCUGAGUUCGAGAUACUUCCUGACCCACAAAGGCCUUCUGCUGCUAGGGUCCGGCGUCCGCUGGCCCUGCGCUUCCACUUCAUUGAAGUCGGCGUUGGCUCCGGCAAGGUCACCGCUAGGCUUCGGGACAGAGGCUGGGCCACCGGGCCUGUGCUCAACAUCUCUGAAUCUCCCGAGUACGAUUGGUCCUCAGCCCAGGUCUUCCUGUGGGUUGUGCAUCUUGUCUCCUCUGGCUUGGUCGAUGCCGUUCUUCUGACGCCUCCUAGCGCCACUUUCUCCGCCGCCAAGAACCCGCCGCUCAGAACUUACCGCCAGCCUCUGGGGAUCCACCCGACAGAGUCGCGCACUCAUCUCUGCACUGUCCUUGCUCUCAGAUCGUUGUGCCUCCUUCGCGUUUGCCACCGACAUGGGGUCCCUGCUGCCCUGGAGCAACCUCGCAACUCUAAAAUAUCUCGUCUAAAAACUUGGACAGACAUUGCUGCUCUGCCCCAGGCAUCCGAGGUCUUCACUGUUGGCUGCGCCUUUGGCAGCCCAUGCCUCAAGCCUUGGCGUUUUCUGGCUGUCGCUUUCUCUCUGCAAAGUCUUGCUAGGCGCUGCAGUCGGGAUCACACACAUGCCGCUACGAAGGCCUCCGAUGUCUACCCGGAUUCCCUUGCUGUUGCGCUAGCUGAUGCCUUCGAAAAGGCUAUUCGGCAGAGGCAUGUCGCUCUCGAGGACUGUGCCCUCGACACUGAGGGCCUCGAGUCGCCCCUCGUUAACGACCUUGCCAUCUCUCUCACCUGGUGCCCUGUGAAGGUUUGGAAAUGGAAGAGGGCUACUCACAUCAAUCUCCUCGAAGGCUCCUGCAUUUACCGACUGCUUCUUCUGCUUGCCAGGUCCGGCGGUCCUCUUCGCUUCGCUACCCUUUGCGACUCCAAUGUCGCACGGUGUGCUGUGCAAAAGGGGAGGUCUCCUUCAUCUGGGCUUUCAAAGACUCUGCGUCGCAUCGCCGCUGCAGCCCUUGCUUUUGGUCUAUACCCUCAGGUGCCAUUCUGCCCCACGCGACUCAUGCCUGCUGAUCAUCCCACGCGUGACACUCCUAUUCCUCGUCCUGGGUUGUCAAUCGUCACGCCUGACUGGGAUGCUGCCGAGAUCCGAGCCCUUUCCAGCCUUCCCAAGCUCCGACGCUGGGCUGCUAACUGGCUCUUGCAACCUGCGUGGGACGUCGCCUACGCGUGGAGAAAAGCUGAGCCGACGACGCAUCACACUGCUAUGCCGUGGCAAAUCCUUCUGGGGCUCAUCGCAGUGAUCGGCGAGACUUUGCAGUCUCUCAGGAGCGAUCUUCUGCUCAAGGAGCCCAAGACUCGUUUCCGCCAAGCGCGUCAUCAGUCAGUUCGCAUCGACCAACCUGACCUCCUUCGUUUGAUCGACAGUGUGUUCGGGAACCGUUUCCGAGCCAUCUGUAAGGCGAUACACUUGCCAACAGAGCGGGCGCCCGGACGACCGCACCUGGAGCUGGCCUCCUUACGCGCUGGCGGCGCUACAUGGCUCAUGCUUCAGACCGAAGAUGCCGAGCUCACGCGGCGGCGUGGCAGAUGGCUUUCGAGCAAGAUCGCCGAGAUCUAUAUACAGGAAGCUUCCGCCUUACAGCUGCUCCCGACCCUCGACGCGGUUUCUCGCUCCCUCGUCUUUCAGGCGCUCUCUUCGUUCCCGACUUUGGUUCAGAAAGCUGAGUUUUUCUUGAAGACGGGUGUACCAGUCUCCAUCUGGUACGAACUCUUGGCCGCUGACAUGCACGCUUGA